AUGCACCUGUGCCUGACGACAUUCCCCGCCGGAGCUCAAGGUGCAGACAGGCAGCCGACACAAGGUUCAGGGGAUCCACCAGUAACACCAUCUACAGCAUCGGACCCGGCAGUUCCAGCUCCUGCUGCAGCUGCAGAAUCCGCAUCCACGUCCAGUGGAAGCGCCACAGCCAGCACUACUCCCUCCGACCCAAUCACGGGGACUGAGGACAACAAAGUUCCGACCACACUGGCGGAUACUUCUUCUGUUAAGGACAAAGGUCAAACUGGUCUCUCCGGUCCAUCCGGUCCUCGUGGUCCCGCGGGUAAAGAUGGUGAAGCCCGUAAACCCGCGGACGGUGCGGAUGCCCGCGUCGAUGGCGGCACCGACGACCCCCCUCCUCUCAAUCCACCCAAACCGAACCCGAACCCAAAUCAAUCGGGUUCCGAAGGCGGCCCCACCAGCGGCGAAGCGUCCACAGGAGGUACUGAACACGGUGGAGGAGGAGGUCCAGGAGCACCAGGAGGAGGUGGGCGAGGAAGUGGCAGUUCCUCAUCCUCUGCUUCAGAACCAUCCAGUCCAGGUUCUACUGGUCUCCAAAACCCUGGUUCCUCAAGUCCUGCCUCCCCUCCUAGUGGUACUAACGAUCACGAUACCGGUCCUAAUACAACAAAUGGCGAUAAUGAUUUUGGAUUAGGAUCAGAACCUCCCACAGCAGACGGUGAAUUAGGAGGAAAUUACGGCCCACGUACCCCACAGGUUGCCCAUACUGUAGUCCCAACCAAUGUUCCUUCGAAUGAUGGUGGCCCGGAAGCGCCCGACCUAACCGGUGUUGUCCUUACCGCCACUACUCCCGUGCUGUUUUUUCUCACUUCCGUCAUCGUCGCCCUCCUUGGUUAUUCCCUUUGGAAAGUAAGCGCGCACAAUCUCACACACAAUCACACAACGCGCACACGGCAGCCACAACAACACAGCAAACGACUUCGUUGA